UAUGGUUACAAGUUAUCUAUGUCAGUGUCAAAAAGUCAAAAGUAUCAAAAAUGGCGGCGGACGGUGACGAAGUGAUUAGUGAUCAGGAAAAAGUGAGAAUUGUUUCAGAUUUCAUAUUACAUUCACCACCAGGCGAAUUUAACGAAGUAUUUAAUGAUGUGAGAGUGUUACUAAACAACGAUAGUCUUCUGAAGGAGGGUGCAAGCGGUGCAUUCGCGCAGUACAACAAGGAUCAGCUCACGCCCGUGCGCCUUGAAGGUUCCGAACUCCAUACGCUUAUAACCGAGCAUAACGAACUUGGGGGAGGCAGAUUCUUCGAUCCGAGGUCCAAGAGAUCCUUCAAGUAUGACCAUUUACGUAAAGAAGCUUCGGAGUACGAGCCCUACGAGCCGGACCGAGUUGCAGAACCAUGGCGAGCGGCUCUGGACGAGGAGCUGACGGCGUACGUUGCCGCCCACUACAAACACGGCGCGAGCUUGGUCGUGGGGCGUGCGAUCGACGCUAGCACCGUGUCUCUCGUCGCGUGUAUUGAAGAUCACCAAUUCCAGCCGAAAAACUACUGGAAUGGACGAUGGCGUUCCGUGUGGUCGCUGACAGUAGGCGCCGGCGCAGCGGAGCUGCGGGGUAUGCUGCGCGUACAAGUCCAUUACUAUGAGGACGGCAACGUGCAGCUAGUGAGCUCGAAGGAAGUCCGCGCACCACUCGUGGGGACGGGGGAAGCGGCUACCGCAAAGGAAUUCGUACGGUUAGUUUGCGAAGCGGAGAACGCGUACCAGACGGCGAUCUCUGACAACUACAAGACAAUGAGUGACACGACGUUCAAGGCGCUGCGGCGGCAGCUGCCGGUGACGCGCAGCAAGAUCGACUGGGCGCGGCUGGUGUCGUACACGAUCGGCAAGGAGCUGAAGAGCCAAUGAUGUCCCGCCGCCGCGUCCUGAGCACCGCGGACGCUCCCCGCCUCUGUACAUAUUCACAUAAGAAUAAAUCUUGUUCAAAUGUUUACUGGCUCCGUGGGCCGAGCACCCGGCGCGUAUUUAUCUAUGACUAUAUAGAGAAAUGGCUAUUGUAACUGUUAAAUUUUAUGCGUUUUGUUACUCUCAUUACAAAAUACUGCCGCAAUUUUAAUAUAUUUGUUGCUUUGAAAUAUUCAUACAAUAGGCUUCUCUACGAGAUGCAAUCAAUUUCUGAUAGUAGCGUUGAGAUUAUAGCAAAUAACGUACUUAGGCCUGAACCUAUACCUUAGACCCUGUCUAGGUUCAUAGUGGAACUGGGCGAUGGUCUGCCGCGGGCUGCUGUAGAGACCGAGGUCUGACAGAGACUUGUUUGCAAUGGACAGGUAGUUGUGUAAGCAAUAUAAUGGAGAAUUGUAAUUUUUGUUCAUCAACAUAUGUCAAUUAAGAGAUGUUAAGAUAUCCAGUUGAUUUAUGAUUGUAACUUCCACUGUAUCCAAACUAUUAUUCCAUCCAACCUAAAUAUUUUAUGGUCAGUAUUAUUUGCGUUAGAUGUGGAAUAUUGCUUGCAUAACUGAGUGCUAUGUGAGAUACAUUAGAAAUGAGGUUCUUAUGGUGCAUUUAAUUAUAGUUAAUUUAAAAUAAAAUUGUCCACGUAGCUUUAACGCGGUGUUUAUGAGCAUAGAGCACAAUAUAUUCGAUAUUUUUCAAUUAAAUAUGUGGAGUGUUGCUCAAACUAUGGUAACGGUUACAGUGAAAAAAAGUAGAAAUCUAUUGUCUAUGGCAAAUGGCAUUGAGAGUGCGAAUGAAAGCAGAUCAUUCUUUAUAUGUAUGUAACGAAUAUAACUUCAGUAAGUUUUA